ACACAGCAGAGACAGUAAAACCUCCCUGAAUCCGUGGUACACUGUUUAAGUCUCUCAACAAACUCUUAGACUUACUUCCAAAAUCUUACCUCACACUCUUUCACUUUUGACUCUCAAACAAGAUCUCAACUCUCCUCUUUUUGACACUCGACAGCAGCAGAUCCAGAAGAACUCACCCACACACCAUGUUUAUGAAGCUAUGCAGCUUGGUUUUGCUUCUGAGUUCGUUUUUCUAUCUGGGUACUGUUGAAGCUUCGGUCCAUGAGUAUGAAGAAGAGAAAUUUGUGAGUAAAGGUAAUGCCUUUGUGGUGCAUGGAGGCAGUGAAGGGAUUUACUCUUCUGUCUCUGAUGAUACUUCCAAUGAGAAGGCUAAUAAUGGAGACGCUUAUAUACGUUUUGAGAAAAUUACAUUUUGGAGAUCAAAGGAAAAUGCCAACAUCAGCUCAGGGUUGAUUCAAGCCCUUGUUUUCGAGGUGGAAGAUAGAGAAGCAAUUGGGGGUUCAGCCUAUGGGGGCCAAAGAGCUGUCUGUUGCACAGCAGAUCUAGCAAAGCUGGGUGUUUGCACACAGGGAGAAAUCAUUCACCGGCCUUCCACAAAUGACCCCAGUUGGCCUCAGGUGUUUGGUGUCGCAUUUCAAGUAGAUGAGGAAGUUGCAACAUUGCCCUCAAAAUCAAUACAUAUUACUAAAACUGGGAUGUAUAACUUAUACUUCAUUCACUGUGAUUUGAAUCUUAAAGAUUUGGUCGUAGAGGGGAAAACGAUAUGGAAGAAUCCUACUGGCUAUUUGCCUGGCAGAAUGGCACCACUAAUGAAUUUCUAUGGGUACAUGUCCCUUGGUUUUGUGAUACUUGGAUUAUUCUGGUUCUCACAGUAUGCCAGAUUUUGGAGAGAAGUUCUUACCCUGCAGAACUGCAUAACACUAGUUAUAACACUGGGUAUGUUUGAAAUGGCUCUUUGGUAUUUUGAGUAUGCUGAAUUCAACGAGACUGGGGUCAGGCCAACGGGGAUCACUGUAUGGGCAGUCACUUUUGGUGCUGUUAAACGUACAGUUGCACGCCUUAUCAUUCUUAUGGUUUCCAUGGGCUAUGGUGUUGUGAGACCUACCUUAGGUGGUCUUACAUCAAAGGUGAUCAUGCUUGGAGCAACCUUCUUCUUGGCAUCUGAAGUGCUUGAAUUGGUGGAAAAUGUUGGUGCUGUCAGUGAUCUCUCAGGAAAGGCAAGACUGUUUCUGGUUCUUCCUGUGGCAAUCUUGGAUGCUUUCUUCAUUCUUUGGAUAUUUACUUCCCUCUCUGCAACUUUAAAUAAACUUCAGGCUAGACGAAUGAUGGUUAAGCUGGAUAUAUACCGGAAGUUCACAAAUGCUUUGGCAGUAACUGUCAUUGUGUCUGUUGGUUGGAUAUGCUAUGAGCUCUAUUUCAAGUCAAAAGAUGUUUACAAUGAGCUUUGGCAGAAUGCCUGGAUCGUCCCAGCCUUCUGGCAAGUCCUAUCUUUCUCUCUCUUAUGUGUCAUCUGUGUUCUUUGGGCACCCUCUCAAAAUUCGAUGCGGUACGCUUAUACCGAAGACUCAAACGAAGAUUUUGAAAAGGAUGAAACUAAUUUGACUCUCAUAAAACCUUCCCUAACGCCUUUGAAGGAUGUUAGAAGUGCACCCGAACCUAGAAUGGUUCAAAGCGACAAUGGAACACUGAACAGUGAUUUGGAAGAAGACAAGACAGAGUAAAGAAAAUUCAGCCAUGAUGUAAUAUGGAUUCAAUUGUUUGAUUCCUAAACUGUGUAGCCUUGUUAUUGUUGUAUAAACUUCCAACUCCCUACUGAAUCGACACGUAGAAUUUUAAAUCCAGAUGGGGAUUAUGACAAGCUGAAGUCCUCUGCAGGUCGGAUUACAGCUUGGGUUAGUCUUUAUUUCUUUUCUUCAUCCGCUUAUAAAUCACCUUGUUUCUACCAUGUUUAGUUUUUACAUUUAGUUGUCAAGUUUUGAAGGAGACUACUGAGAAUUGUUUUCUGUUUUACAAUACAAGUAUAGCUUGUUA